AAAAUAAAAAAAAAAUUCAUGUUUCGCCAAAUUAAUCCCAUUGACAUUGACUAAUUCAACACAAGAAAAAUAAAUAAAUAACAAAUCAGCCUAUUUAUUUUAUUGCUUGGCUAUGGAACUGAAACUAGCUUGAAGACAGAAAUCAUGCACACUUGUUCUUCUUCUUCUUUUAAACUCUGUAUUUUCUUCUUCACCCCAUUGUUUUUCAUUUCAAAGCUUACUAUUUGAUCAUAAUGAUCCCUUCUUUCUCAUGGAUUCUGCUCAGCAAUCUUCUAUAUCUGCUCUCUUUGUCUUUGAAAACACCAUUAACAAAGAGUUGAUCAGGAGCUUGCAUGUCUACCGAUUGGAAAAUGGAAAGGAGAGACAAGUUGAGAGAGAGUUUUUGUUCAGAAAAAAAGGUUCUUAUGUUGAAAUGGCUGCCACCCCACUUCUUAGAUUGCGAGGAUUUCAAGUUUCUGAGCUUUUUGAAGGCCGAGUCAUUGGUUUGUGGUUCUGUCUUUUCGCUUUUCACGCUGAUUCUUCUCCUAGUUCCACCAACAUUCCUCCUGUGCUCUUAAUUUCAAGAAAUCCAAAGCUCAAGUCAAUUCCAGAGCUGUCCAGUGAUCUCCAAAUAAUAUAUGAAUUGAGCAUCAAAUCAGGAGACCAGGAAUUGUCACAUUUUAAGUGGCAGGCAAUGGAUGAAACAAACCAAGAGCAUUGCCAUCUGUCUCGAAGAAGUCCCCAUGAGUUUGAUCAGGAUCUUAAUUCUCUUCCUAAUUCAGUUACUACCAGUGAACAUUCUGGGAUUCAAGAAACUGAAGAAUGUGCAUCAGUUCCAGGUAUUGUGGGGAAGAAGAAAAGAGCAGCCUCUGAGGAUAUUGCUAGAAUUGCUUUGGAAGAUCUCGCUAAAUACUUUGAUCUUCCAAUUCUUGAAGCUUCGAGAAACUUGAAAGUUGGUCUCACAGUUCUAAAGAAGAAAUGCAGAGAAUUUGGUAUUCCUCGCUGGCCACACAGGAAAAUCAAAUCCCUUGAUGGUCUAAUCCAUGAGCUGCAGGAGGUGGGGCAACAGCAGCAGGAGGAUGAGGCUGCAGCCACGGCAGUUGCAAAGAGGCGGCAAAUGUUGGAGGAAGAAAAGGAAACCAUAGAGAGGAAACCCUUCAUGGAGAUACAGACUGAAACCAAGAAAUUCAGGCAAGACAUUUUCAAGAGAAGGCACAAAGCUAGAGUUCUAAAAAAGCAGGACUAGUCAGUCUCUCACAGUCAACUUUAACUGUGAGAGGAUGUAGAUUAGAGGAUGAAGAUCUUGUCAUUUUUAGGACAUGUAUGAUUAUCAAGAUUUCCCAUAUAUACAAAUCUGCAGUGCACCUAUUGCUAAAUUAUAUGGCUUGUAUUGGGCUUCUAGCCAGAUUUUCGAAGUUGUUCUCUGAGUUAAUUUCAUAUCAAUGAGAUUAUAUGUUCUAGAUUCC